AUGAUCUAUCACUUCCAAGUGAAAGUUACUCUCACACUCAAACAGAAGCUAAGUUCAAUUGCAGCUUAUUCGCAGCCAACACAUUCAACAAUCAAUGAGCCUAUCUAUGAUUUCUCCACAUUAUAUGGUGGUGCGCCACAAAAGAAGUUAGAAGGUGAAAGUUCGUUAUCAUCGAGUGCUGAAGAGCAGUACGAUGAAGAUGGCAGCUUUGAGGUGAAGAAUAUGAACAAAAGAAAGAAAGUUGGUGAGGUUCGGGGUAACAUAGAUCUGUCAUUGCCGCUAAAACGACCGAAACGGAAAACGAAGAAACUUAAGAUAAACACAGAGGUGGGAGCUACUACCUGUGAAAAGUGUGAGCAGUUACAAUCUCUAUUUAAUAUUGACAUUAGUAAAUUAGAAGCGCCGAAGACUCGACCAACUAUGAUUAUGCGAGCAUUGUUUAAAUUGAGUAACCACGUUGAUGACUGGCGGACAUUAUUUGACCCAAAUAUUGAGCUGCUCAAAGAAUUUGUGAAAAGAGUUUGUUGGGUUCACGAAGAUGAUUUUGAUUACAUAUGGCAGGCCGUGUGCGACAGUAUGAAACAAUUCCCACGCGAUGUCAAACGAAAUCAAACAACGAAACAGAACAGGCUGUUAUCGUCUAGGAUACAAUCAACGAAGGAAGCAGAGCAAACAGAAGCAAUGACAACUGAUAGCACUGACAUAACAAGUGCAUGCACAUAA